AUGGAACAUAAUAAAUGGAUUGAUCAAAUAAAUGAUAAAAAUUUAUUUAAUAAACUUGCAGAAUUGAGAAGUGAAAAUAUUAGACAAGAAUAUGAUAAAACAUAUAUUAAAAAAAUAAUUACAGGAAGUUCAAAUUUAAGUAUAUGUCAAAAAAUAUCAUUACAAAUGAGAAAUAUUAAUUCAAAAAAUAUUGAAAUAUUAAAACAAGAAAUUAGUAAAUAUAAUUGUAAAAGAUAUUUACAAGAAUAUAUUUCAAAUAUGAUGCAAAAUUCAUUUGAAGAUGGACAUUUAAUAAUAAAUUAUGUAGAAUUAUGUUGUUUAUUUUCACAAUAUUAUGAAAAUGAUUUUUGUAAAGAAUUAAAUGAAAUACUUUUACAAAAUUCUAAUAUAAUAAAAAAAUCAUUUGGAUAUUAUAUAUUUAUUGUUGAAUUAUUUCUUGUUUCAUUACCUAUUAAAGGACAUAUUUUAAAACAACAAUUUAUUGAAGGAUUAACAUUUUAUUUACAAAGUCAAUCUAAAGAAGAAAUAACUAUUACAACUAAAAUGUAUAUUCCAGAAAUAAUUUAUUUAUUAAAUUUAAUAGGUUCAGUAUUUACAACAAUUCAUUUUUCAUCUCCAAAUCUUCAAGAAUCAUUAAAUCAAAUUUUAUGUGAAGAUCAAAUAAUUAAAGAAAAAAUUUGUAUAUUAAUUGGAAAAAGAGAUAAAUUUACUGAUUUAUUUACUGAAUAUAAAAAAAGAGUUGAUAAAUAUUGUAGUAUUGGAGGAAUUCAAGAAAAUCAAGAACUUAUUAAUAUAUUAUUUCUUCAAAUGGGAUAUAAUAUGAAUUAUACUGAAUCUAAAGAAGAAAUUCAAUCAAAAAAUUUAUGUAAUUUAUAUGAUGAUAAUGAAACAAGAGAUUUUUAUACUGUAUUUCCAUCAUUUUCUGAUAUUAAACAACAACCUUUAAAAACUCAUAUUGAUAUAAAAAUUAAAUUUAAAAAAUAUAUUGAAUUUUUAAAACAAAUAGAAGAUGAAAAACAAGUUAAUUCUGCUGUAAGAGAUUUUUUAACUACUUAUAAACAUUUUGUUUUUAAAACAAUUACUAUUAAAACAUUUUUACAUCAAUUAAUUUCUAAAAUUACUAGUAAAUAUAAUAUUUCAUUAUAUAGUAAAUAUUUUUAUUUAAUUCAAUUACAAACAAAAGAAAAUAUUGCAUCUAUUAUAUUAAAAUUAUUUGAAAAUUCUAUUAAUUUUGGUUAUAUUUCAAAUUGUAUUAUUAUAUUAUCUGAAUUUUUUAAAUUCUCUUUAGAUAAAACUUAUUUAAUGGAAGCUUAUGAUUAUUUAUUUUCUACAGAUUGUCCACUUUCAUCAAUUAAUAAAUUACGUCUUAUUUACAAUUCUAUGGAUUUUUGUUGUAGACAUUAUGUUAAUUUAUUUGAAGAAUCAGAACAAUUAUCUAAUAUAAAAAUAUUUCAACAAUUAUCAAGAACAACAAUUAAAAAAGAAAAAAAUGAAUGUAUGAGAUUAUUUAUGAAAAUUAAACGUUUACUUGAUUCAACUCAAAAUAUUCAAGCAGAAGAAGAUGAAUAUAUUCCUCCUCAAGAAUUAUUUUUACAACAUUUAUUUAGUCAUCCUUCUGAACUUACAUUACAACAAAGAAUUAUUUUAUUAAGAAAAUUUAAUUAUGAAGAUCCAGAAAUAUGUGAAUUAAUUAUAAAACAUUUAAUGGAUUCAUUAAUUAAUGGUGCAUUUAUAAAUGAAAAAGAUGUUGUUAUUAUGGCUAUUCAAAUUUCACAAUGGCAUCCAAAAAUAUUAGUUUCUGUUAUUGAUCAAUUAAUUUAUUGUACUACAUUUGGAUUUGAACAUCAAGGAGUAAUGAGUAAACAACAUAGAAUUGUUUAUGUUGCUGCAUUAGCUCAUUUAUAUAAUUUAAAUGGUAUUAGUGAUACUUUAAUAUUUAAAAUUGUUGAUAUUAUUCAUAAAUUAUCUAAGUAUUAUCCAGAAAAUGAUGGUCAUUUAUCUAGAAAAGUUACUUCUUUAUAUUCUGGUAAUUUUGGUGCUCGUUUAUUAAUUAAAAUAUUUUCAAUUUGUAUAGAUAAAAUGUAUUCUAAGAAACCUCUUUGGGUAUUAAAAAUGAUUAUAAAUAUUCAAAUUUCAAUGAAUAAUAAAAAUAUUAAAGAUUUGGAAACUGAUUUAAAUGAGGUUUUAAAAAAGAUUAAUUUCCCUAGAAUGAGAGGAACUCUUGGAACAACUGAAUUAAAGAAAGUUUUUAGAGAAAUUAGUCAAAAGAAUUAUACUCUAGAACAAAUUAAAAUUAUUAUUGAUAGAGCUUAUAAAAAUAUCCAAUGUCAACUUGAUGCUGAAUUUUCUUCAAGAAUUGAUGAACUUAAAAGAUCAGAAGAGGCAAAAAAGAAAGAACUUGAAGAAAUUAGAAUUAAAAAAGAAAUAGAAAAGAAGAAAGAACAAGAGAAAAUACAAAGAAUGACUAAAGAAGUUGAUGAAUCGGAAUUUAUUGAUGAAGUAACUCAAAACAUUAAAGAAAUGACAGAAAUGGCACCUGAUGGUGCUAUUUCUAAUGAAACUCAAGUUGUUAUGGCAUUAGAUCCUCGUAAUUUCCAGAAAGAGACUGGAAAACGAAUUAUUGUUGUUACUUCAGAUGGAAAAUCUAAAACUCUCAAUCUAGAUGAAGAAAAAGAAAAUAAACCAAAAGAAGAAAUAACUCCAAUACCAAAACCACAAAAGAAAAAAGUUAAAAUUAUUUUACCUCAAUAA